AUGGCAGAAACGGGCAACGCAGGGCAAGACGGCUCAGUGCCGUUUAAUAUUGCAGUUAUUGGCGGUGGUAUCAUUGGUCUACACGUAGCCCUAGGCUUAAUUGAACGCAACAUCCCAGUCGUCAUCUACGAGAAGGCAUCUGAAUUGAAAGAAAUAGGUGCUGGGCUCGGCUUCACAGAGACAGCAACCCAAUGUAUGCAAGCCUUGAAUCCCAGCGUUGCCGGCGCCCUGGGCAAGGUCGGUAUCGCAACCACUGGAAGCCUGCGGUGGAUCAAUGGCUUCACCCAAGAAGACAUUAGACUACGAGAAAAGGGCACAGCUUUCGAUUUCGAGCUCUCCACAGGCAAAAAGGAUGGAUUUCCCGGCUGUCAUCGCGGCCAAUUCCUCAACGAGCUUGUUAGUCUUGUUCCACCAGAUUUGAUAAAGCUUGGGAAGCGUAUAGCCACGAUUGAGCAAAAGAGUAAAGACGAGAAGCUGGUGUUGAAGUUCUCCGAUGGUACAGAAGCGUUGGCCGAUGCUGUUAUUGGUUGUGACGGCAUCAAAUCUCGCGUGCGCCAGAUUGUGUUAGGGGAAGAUAACCCGGCUUCCUACCCGCAUUAUUCUCAUCAAAGUGCGUAUCGCGCCCUGAUCGAGAUGGACAAAGCACUUGCUGCCCUUGGCCAUCUUCCAAGUGGCCAAUUGAUGUAUCUCGGACCAAAAGCACACAUCAACACCUACCCAGUCGGUCGUGGCAAGUUUAUGAAUUUUGUGGCUUUUAUACAAGACAAGAAUGAUUGGCCAGACAAUGAGAAUCUCACUGCGCCAGCUUCAAAGGCAGACGUCGUGGAGGCGUUUUCCGGGUUUGGACCAGCCGUCCGUGCAAUGAUUGACCUUCUCCCUGACCAGCUCGAUCGAUGGGCAAUAUUCGACACCCUUGAUCACCCACUCCCGUCCUUUUCAUAUGACCGCGUCUGUCUUGCUGGCGAUGCGGCUCAUGCCAGCUCUCCGCAUCACGGUGCUGGGGCGUGCGUAGGCGUGGAAGACGCAUUGGUCCUGGCCACCGUUCUUGAGAAAGCUGGCCACGACUUAGCGUCGAGAGACAACUCAAUUUCGAAAUCUGCGGCCUUGUCAGCAGCCUUCGAGGCAUAUGACAACACUUGCCGUGAGCGAGGGCAGUGGCUCGUCGAAAGCAGUCGCUACAUGGCUGAAUUAUUUCAGGGUUCUGCCCCGGAUGUGGGCGACGACUUUGACAAGUUCAAACAGCAGAUUCGGGAACGGUCCCACAAGGUCUGGUUCAUGGAUUGGAAAGACAUGGUUCGUCGGGCGGCUGAUGAUUACGACGCACGACCUAGUCCUGCCGUUAACAAUCUUGUUAUAAUGGCGCGUCACCUACUGUUAUGGGCGUCCUUUCUCGUCUCUGCCUCUAUUGGGUGUUCGGUUGGCAAUGAUGCAACUUUGUUUGGGCCUUCGCUGUCCUCCGGUGCUGAAAUAUCUGUUUGCACAGAUCGCAGCUUCAACAAAACUUUGACUCCUCGAUGGGAUAUUUUUACACAGCCUACCUUCAGCACUGUCGUUAAGCCUGCUACUAACCAAGACAUCCAAAAUAUCGUCAAAAUUGCCGCGCAGCAUCAGAUUCCAUUCUCCGUCACUAGUGGCGGCGGAGGAGUCACCACAACGCUGUCCAAACUGCAAGAUGGGCUGGCCAUUAACCUCGUCAACUUUCAGUCCGUGAGCCUAGACACAAAGCAGAACACGCUCACAGUUGGUGGCGGAGUCGUUUUCUCACAGAUUAUCGACGUGCUCUUCAAAAACGGAAAAGAACUUCCGAUUGCCUCUGUCUCCUGCCUUGGCGUCAUUUCCACAACUUUGGGUGGAGGCUGGGGCAGCCUGCAGGGCCUCAGGGGCCUUCUUAUUGACAAUCUGCUCUCGAUCGAACUGGUGACGGCUUCGGGUGAUCUCAUUACAGUAUCCGCCACGCAGGAUCCAGACCUCUUUUGGGCGCUGCGUGGUGCUGGCCAAAACUUUGGCAUAGUGACCUCUGCGACUUACAAAGUAUAUGACGCCACAAACGGUGGACAAGUUGUCAACGCCGAUUUUGCAUUCACAGCUGCCAACAAUCGCUCUGUGUGGGAGUACAUGCAAUCUUAUGAUGAGUCUCUGCCGGCGAAUAUGGCAUUGAGUGGUUUUGCCUUUGCAAACGCCACCACCCGUGAGGCAACUUUGUGGGUGAAUGUCAUCUACUUUGGCACAGUAGAUGAAGCUAUGCCUCACUUGGAGGCACUCAUUGCCAUGAGUCCUACUAACAAAAACAUCUCCAUGGUUCCUUGGAAUGAAGAAAUAAGCCAGGCUUAUUUUGGAGUUGCAGGUAACGCUUGUACCGCCAAUAAUCGCGUUAAUAUCUACCACGCCGCACUGAAACAGACCCAUGUGCCUACCUGGGAAAGCUACUUUGCCAACCUAACACAAUUCUAUCUCGACUACCCGGCUUAUGCUGGCCGUGUGGUAAUUCAGAAAUAUUCAUCCGAGGCGGUUGCUGCUGUUCCGGACUCGCAGACAGCAUAUCCUCUUCGCGACACCAAGACCAUGGUUCUUUUCGAGGGUUGGUAUACCGAUGCCACGAUUGACGGACCAGUUAAUGCGUUUAUGCAACAAUCUCGGCAAAAUUUUGCUGCAACAAGUGGCUACGAUAGCCUAUCUACAUAUGUUAAUUAUGCGCAUGGCGACGAAGGUCCUGCUGCUUGGUAUUCAACUCGCAAGCUUACGAAGCUUAUGAGCUUGAAGAAGCAGUGGGACCCAAAGAAUUUGUUUAGCUGGUAUAAUGCUAUUCCGGCAAACUAG